GAAAUGACUUCAUUUAAAACACCAAACAGACCUAUUGCCGUCGGUAUUCCUGAUCGUUGUGCUUUGGUCUCGCGCUAAGAACCGUUAUCCGCAAUUCACACUCUAUAAGGGAUGCUGUGCUAUACAGCCAAAGUGCCUCAUCAUCCACUCUUCAUCCUAUUGUUCAACCAAAUCAAUGGUGCGAGGAACAGUUCGGAGAAAAUACAGAUGGUAUUGCGCGCAUUGAAUCAUUGAUUGUGUUAGCCAUACUCACCACCAUCAGAUUAAUGACAAAAUGACAGAAACACAUCUUUUAAGGGAAUCCUUUGUUAGCGAGGAAGAACAAAGGUUCCUUCAAGCUUUGCCUUUUAUAUUCAGCUUUGCUUUGACAGUGUACAUGCCAAUCGCUGCUCGUAAAAGUUUAUCAGCUUGGCGUGCUUUGCAAGUUUAUGAUUCUCAAGAACCUCCCAAGAAAGGAUUCACAGGACAAAGAAAAAGAAAAGUAUGGGAAAUUAUCAUGGCAAGCUUUUAUUGUUUCUCACCGAGCGUACUACAAUUGAUCGCUUUCAUUCCCAUCAAAAAUGAAGCCAGUUGGCCAAUCUUUUCAGCAAUUCGUCGUUGCAGUCCAUUCGCUGUUGUGGCUAUCAUUCUUUCCCUUUCUUCUUUCAAAAUCUUUGGCCCUUUACUGCUUCCCGUUCAACGUGUAGAACGGGCAUUGGAACCAAUAGCCGAUAAAGAGACGAAAGAGAAAAAAAUGAAGGCUACAUUCGUUUCUAUCACUCGCAAUACUACAAAACCGUCACAAACUUUCGCAUUGUUUAUCAUUCUCUUUAGCUUUUUUGUGCCUAUCUUCGUUGCUUGUUAUUUUGCAAAUUCUUCCGGUUCCAUCUUGAUCGUCGUGGUGAUGGCUAUCGCAAGCACAACGUUGACCAUGCCAGCACUCAUGACACCAAUGGCAGUCCAACCGACUGUUUCUUUACGAUCUCACGUCAAAUUCAUUGUUCUGGGUCUCAUGGCCGCAAUUGCACUUUUCUUGGCUGUUUUUGCCAUCGCAUUUUGUGGAACAUAUUUGUACUUGACUUAUGUGUCUUCCGACUCUUUCUCCAAUUCAAAAGGUAGCGAGAAAGACAUCAACGUCGAUAUGGUCAUGUCACAAACAGCGUGUCUGCUUUACACCGCCGUUUGGCCUGUAUUCAUGGCAUAUCCUGCUUUUUUGAUGAAUUUGGCAUAUCGAUUCGAUGUUUCAAAGGCUGGUCUUACACAAGUUACUGAUGAACAAAAGAAGGAAGCCAUUCUAGAAUCAAGGGAAGUAGCAAAACAUUGCAAAGCAUCCAAGCAUCCCGAUCAUCAUUAUGACGAUGUUGGUCGUACGCCAAUUUUGAUGGAUGCCAUUGCAUUGCGUUUACCACAAAAAAUCAAAGAAAGUGAUCUGCCAACGUUUACUGCAACGAUGAAAACCAUGAUUGUGACGCAAAGUGUAACUUUGUUUAUCAUUUGGGGCUUCUUGCCUUCAUGGUUCAAUAUUCCGUUCUUUGUUCGUUCUCAAGAAGGUGCAGAAGUCUUCCCUUUCCCGAUAACUUUGAAUUUUGGUAUUUUACUUUCAUUCUUUACCAUUAUUCCUGUUAUGCUCUUUUCUGCAGGUUAUCAUGCCAAAAAGAAUGGUCAAACGUUUGGAUCUGGUGUACGUGCUAUUUGGACGUACGAAGAGAAAUGGGGUGCAGAUUAUUUCCAAACCAAGAUUGAUCAUCAAAUGGAUACAGAGGAUGAACCCAAAGAUGAAAAAGAUGAAAAGUUACUCGUCGAUAUCACCAAAGAAGAUCUUGAAGAGAAGGGAGAUCUUAAUGCUUGAAUGACGACAAAGACAUACUUUUAUUCAUGUAUAUACUUUAUGAUUAUGAUGAAAUGACUCAGUGCCGUGAAGUGUAAGGGAA